AUGUUGUCUCUCAUCUCCAGAGCAAACAUUCGUCAUAAUCUCAACCAUGGAGCCAGGGCAGAUAUUGCUAAACACAUUGACGGUGUGGCUAAAGUGCUGGAGGAUGAAGUGAUGGCGUAUGAAGACGUUUAUAAACAUCUGGAAGAUACAGUCAGUGACAACGAGUACAGCCGGUCAGUCACACAGGUCACCCAGGCUACCAGAAACAUGAUCGUUGAGGUUACAGGAUCCUGGUCUAAUCUCAUCGUUCUCUUCCUCUUAGUCCUUCUGGCAGCAUGGUUUCUCAUGUCAGACAGUAAAAGAUGCAAUGAAGACAGGGAAGCCCUCGAAGCUGAGAUGCAAAAGAGAAUUGAAGAAGUGCAACGCUUUAAAGAUCUGUUUCCUGAAUGGCAAAAAAGGAUGAGAGAACACGAAAGAGGACUGUGCAAUAUUGCGCACGAUAUUGACACAGUUCACCAAAAUGCCACAGUAGCCAACAUUACAGGGACCUCAAUCGGCCUUGUCGGAGGAAUUCUAUCCAUUGGUGGAUUAAUCUCUGCUCCUUUUACAAUGGGUUUAUCAUUGGGGCUCAUGGGUGUGGGAGCUGGCAUAGGUGUAGUUGGUGGUGUCACUAACGUUGCAGCUAGUGGUGUGGAUGCUUUUAAACAAGGGAAAUUAUCAACAGCUAUUGAUGAAAUCAUGGAACAAUAUAAAGGACAGUACAAAAAUGGCAAAUUGCCACAAUCAGUGUAUCAACGCAAUUCAAUUCUUACAUCUCUGCAUUGAUGUUUCACAAUGUAGAGCUGAAACCUCAACAAUAAGAAAGGACAUUCUUUCUAAAAUGUGCAAUUCAAAAAGAGAUUCAGCAAACAAAAUGGUAGGAGAUGUAGUGAGGGAAGCAGUAGAUAAAGCACCAAGGAUGGUAGCAACAAUAACAGCGAGAAUGUCAAGAAAAGCAGCAAAACAAGCAGUGAACAAAGCAGUAGAAGAAGCAGCAGGAAAAGCAGCAGGUAAAGUAACAGGUAAAUCAGUAGGUAAAGCAGCGGGUAAAGCAGCGGGUAAAGCAGCAAGUAAAUCAGUAGGUAAAGUAACAGGUAAAGCAGUGUUCAAAAACAUGAGCAAAUCAGGGUUAUGCAAAUUGGGGGCUGCUACAGCUUUGUCAGGACUCAUUAUUGCAUGGGAUAUCUAUUCUAUAGUAAAGGAUUUCAUGAAACUUGCAGAGGGAUCAGGGACAGAACUUUCUAAUCAGAUACGAAAAUUGGCCCAACAGAUAGAGGAUGAAGUAAAGAUUUAUGAAAUUAUUCAUAAGUCUCUAUAAGGUAUUACAGUGAAUGAUGCAGCAUGGAAACAGGUCACAUAGCCCAACUAGUCCUGAGGAUGAGAUUAUGUGUGUCAAAGGGUCUUCUUCAUCUUAAGCUCGCGAGUAAGUGAGCGAGUGAGUGAG